AUGUCACCCAAUCUCCUCCGUAUUAUAUUAGACAGGGAUGUCUCCCUCGGUUACUCCUUUACCACUCCACAAAAGAGUCCUCUUGUUGGCGCCAGUAAUGGUCUGCCGAAGAGUCCGUUCUUCGAGAGGGCGAAGCCGCAGUAUGAGGAUCUGGAUGCUUCGGCUUUCAUUCACGUCAAGGAUCCCGGUUGCAAAGGCGACGGUUCCACCGACGACACAGCUGCUUUCCAGGCUGUCCUAGACGCCUACGGCAAUUCGGGAUCGGUCAUUUUCGUAGACUCGGGCACGUACAUUCUGACGGAUACCGUGACCGUAGCCCCUGGUACCCGCAUCGUGGGUGAAGCAUGGCCUCAGCUGGCUGCCUCCGGAGCCAAAUUCUCUAACCCCAAGUACCCAUGUGCGAUGUUUAAGGUGGCAGCAAGGGCUUAG